AUGGCCAAGAUUCUUCCACCGAUCUUUCUCCUAGUUGUUGCAACCAUUGGAUUUAGUAAUGGACAUGAAGUGGGGAUUUUCGAAUUGAAAAGAGGGGAUUUUUCUAUUCAGCUAACUAAUUAUGGUGCUACCAUUCUCUCUGUGAUCCUCCCAGAUAAAAAUGGGAAAUUGGAUGAUAUUAUUCUUUCUUUCCCUUCUGUUGACGACUUUCGAAAUGAUACUACCUAUUUUGGUAACAUUGUUGGACGGGUAGCAAAUAGGAUUGGAGGAGCUCAAUUUGGUAUCAAUGGUGUUUUCCAUAAACUCAUUCCUAAUAAUGGAAGGAACUUGCUCCAUGGUGGGAAGAGAGGAUUCGGAGAUGUGAUAUGGAAAGUGAAGAGUUAUGUGAAGAACAGCCACAUUACAUUCACCUACGACAGUUUCGAUGGUGAACAAGGUGUGUGA